AUGGGUUUAUUCAAAGAAGGUCUUUUUGCUUUUCGUGGUCGUCGAUUUGUUGAAUGGUUUUUCAUGGAUCGUCCUCAACUUCCUUUUAUUUGUGGUAUUACAUUCUAUACUUUUUUGUAUCUUCAUUAUAAAUAUGAUUUGAUUGCUCGAUGGAAAGGUCAACCAACUUAUAAUGAUUAUUCCUAUGUUAAAGAAGCUGCUGAACGUGAACGUGCGCGUCUUGUUACUCUCUCUUCUUCUCCGUCACUUGCUAUUCCUUCAUCUCAACCGUCUUCUUCAACAAGUGUUAAUUAA